AUGGACCGCCGGGACUCGGGCGUGAUCCCGUCGCCGGCGUCCCCGCGCGGGCGCCCGCGGCGGCUCACUCAUGACGACGACAUGACGGUGGAGAACAUGCCGGGUGGUCCUCCGCCGAACCGGAACCAAAGCCCGCAGUACCACCUGGGCUGUUGCGAGCGCGUCGUGGUCAACAUCUCGGGUUUGCGCUUCGAGACCCAGCUGCAAACUUUUAACCAGUUCCCCGAGACGCUGCUGGGCGACCCCCGCAAGAGGAUGCGCUACUUCGACCCUCUCCGGAACGAGUACUUUUUCGACCGGAACCGACCCAGUUUCGACGCCAUCCUCUACUACUACCAGUCCGGCGGGCGCAUCCGAAGACCCGUCAACGUGCCCAUCGACAUCUUCUCCGAGGAAAUUCGUUUUUAUGAGCUGGGCGCGGAGGCCAUGGAGAAAUUCCGCGAGGACGAAGGCUUCAUCGGGGAGGAGGAGCGCGUCCUGCCCAAGAACGACUUCCAGAAGCAGAUCUGGCUGCUCUUCGAGUACCCGGAAAGUUCGGGUCCGGCGCGGGGCAUCGCCAUCGUGUCGGUGCUCGUCAUCCUCAUCUCCAUCGUCAUCUUCUGCAUGGAGACGCUUCCGGAGUUCCGGGACGAGCGCGACCUGCAGUCCGCGCAGCGCACCCGCGACUCCAACGUCACCGGGGGAGGCUCCUCGCCCGCAGCGAGCCCCUUCACGGACCCCUUCUUUGUUAUCGAGACCCUGUGCAUCAUCUGGUUCUCCUUGGAGCUGCUGGUGCGCUUCUUGUCGUGCCCCAGCAAGACCUCCUUCUCCAAGAACAUCAUGAACGUCAUCGACGUGGUGGCCAUCAUCCCUUACUUCAUCACGCUGGGCACCGAGCUGGCGGAGGCGGAGACCACGGGGGGCGGCCAGCAGGCCAUGUCCCUCGCCAUCCUGCGCGUCAUCCGCCUGGUGAGGGUCUUCCGCAUCUUCAAGCUGUCGCGCCACUCCAAGGGGCUCCAAAUCCUGGGCCAGACCCUCAAGGCCAGCAUGAGAGAGCUGGGACUGCUCAUUUUCUUCCUCUUCAUCGGAGUUAUCCUCUUCUCCAGCGCGGUGUACUUCGCCGAAGCGGACGACCCCGCGUCGAGCUUCGGCAGCAUCCCGGACGCCUUCUGGUGGGCGGUGGUCACCAUGACCACGGUGGGGUACGGGGACAUGCACCCGGUGACCAUCGGGGGCAAGGUGGUGGGCUCGCUCUGCGCCAUCGCCGGCGUGCUGACCAUCGCGCUGCCGGUGCCCGUCAUCGUGUCCAACUUCAACUACUUCUACCACCGCGAGACGGACGCGGACGAGCAGCCGCCUUCCGACGCGCCCCCGGCCGCCGGCUGCGACGGCCUGCCGGGAGCGGAGCUCCUGCGGCCGCGGGGGUCGUGCGCGUCCUCCGGCGCCCUUUCGAAGGGCGAUUUCGUCGGCGUGGAGGAGGGCGACGAGCGGCCUCAUUUCAACGGCCACAACUGCGUGAAUAUCACCAAGAUCUUCACGGACGUCUAA